UUACUAGGCGGACCGGACCGGGCCCAACUUUGCCACCGUUUACAAGAACACCGAGCAGAUGAUCAGUGUAACCUUCACCUCUCUCGACCUCCUCCUCCACACUGAGGCUCUUCUCUCGGUGAUGAACUUCCUGUCUGCGGCGCUGUCGUCCAGCAGUCUGCCGUCGCCCGAGAGAGAGACCCGAGGCCGGGGCGAGGAGAGCCGGGCGGUGUCCGCCCGCUCCACUGCGACUGGCUCGCCGUCCGACAGCGACGUCAUCGACCUGAAGGUGAUGAUGACGCUGGGAGCCUUCAACGUGCUGGUGUGUGACCAGAGCUGCAACAUGGCCGACAUCAAGAUCCAAGGUAUUAACGGCUCUCUGCUGAUGCAAGGACCGCAGACUCACAUCUCCGCCCGCCUGCGAGAUUUCAUCGUCAUCAAUGUUGAUCCCAAAAGCGUCCACAAGAAGGCGAUCUCCAUCGUGGGCGACGAGGUGUUCAGCUUCUCCAUGAGUCUGACCCCCAACGCCACAGAGGGCGCCGGCUACGCCGACACCUCCAAGACCGACGGCAGAGUCAAGCUGAACGUGGGCUGCAUCCAGGUGGUUUACCUGCACAAGUUCAUCAUGUCGCUGCUGAACUUCACCAACAACUUCCAGACGGCGAAGGAGGCGCUGAGCGCGGCGACGGCCCAGGCGGCGGAGAAGGCGGCGUCCAGCGUGCGAGACUUGGCCCAGAAGAGCUUCCGUCUGUCCAUGGACAUCAAGCUGAAGGCCCCGCUCAUCAUCAUCCCCCAGUCCUCCGUCUCCCACAAUGCACUGGAGGUGGACCUGGGGCUCAUCACGGUGGGGAACAGCUUCUCCCUGCUGCCCGUGGAGGGGCGCCCCCUGCCGGCCGUCAUCGACCACAUGGACGUGCAGCUGACGCAGCUCAAACUGUCCAGGAUCUGCAUGGAGGCGGCGGGCGGAGCGCGCACCGAGCUGCUGGAGCCCCUCAACCUGCUGCUGAGCGUCCGCAGGAACCUCGCCGCCGCCUGGUGCCAGAAGAUGGCCGCCGUGGAGGUCGACGGAGACCUGAAGCCCAUGAAGGUGGCACUGAGUCAGGACGACCUGAAGGUUCUGCUGAAGAUCCUGAUGGAGAACGUGGGCGAGGCGAGCGGCCUGCAGGAGAACGUGGAACCGGCGGCCCAGACACUGCAGACACCAAGCCCCGCCCACACAGACGUUGCUCAGAGGCCCAGCGGCAGUGGCCAUCAGGAGGCGGAGCUUCUGGAAACCAUCAAGUUCAACUUCAACAUCGAGUCUCUGGGCCUCGUCCUGUACAGCAACGACCCCAAACAGCCGUCCGGACUGGGCCGGCGCCAGGAGAGCCUCCGCCUGGGAGAGUUGGCCCUGCACCUCAUGAAGGCCUCAGGGAAGAUGCUGAGCGACGGCUCGGUGGAGGUGAGCACCGUCCUGACCGCCUGCACGCUGGACGACCUGAGGACCGGCAUGCAGAGGGUCACCUCCCGGAUGGUCGGGAAGCGGGACGAGGAGAGCGGCGAGGCCAUGAUCGACGUCACGUACCGUCAGAGCAGCGACCAGCGCGAGGUGGUGGCCGUGCUGCAGAGGCUCUACCUGUGCGCCAGCGUGGAGUUCCUGAUGGCCGUCGCAGAUUUCUUCAUCCAGGCUCUGCCGCAGAGCCAACCGGCCGCCGCCGCCGGCCAGGUGGACAGGCUCCCGCUGAGACAGAGCAGCGAGCCCCGCAGCAGCUCCGCCAGCACCGCCCCGAUGGCGAGGAUGCGGCUGCGGGCGGUGGUGGUCGACCCGGAGGUCGUGUUCGUGGCCAACCUGAUGAGGGCGGACGCUCCGGCGCUGGCCGCAUCGUUCCAGUGCGACUUCAGCCUGCAGGCCGGCGCCGGCGGCCAGAGUAUGAGGGCCAACCUGCGGGAGCUGCGCGUGCUCGCCUGCCCCUUCCUCCGCAGCGCAGAGGACAAGGCCGUCACCACCGUGUUGAGGCCAUGCUCGGUUGUCCUGGAAACCAAAACCCACCCUGACCAGCCGCUGACGGGCUCUGUGACUGUGGAGGAAGUCAUCGUCAAGUCGCACUAA